AUGGCCCGCAUCAUUGAACUAGGCCUCCGGGCAUUCGAAUUCUCCUUUACCGUCAUCCUGCUCGGACUGAUCGGUUCCCUCGAAACUAGUGGUGGCAAUCCAGAGAGUGUUCAUUACUCCAUGUUCACAUCUGCCUGGUCGGCGUUUUUCUUGAUAUACUUGAUCCCAGCUACGGCGACCGAGUCGCUGGUCGGUCAUCCUAUAAUCCCGGUUAUUGUGGAUGCGACGAACGUUGUGUUCACUUUCUGUGCGGCUAUUACUUUGGCUGCUAGGACUAUGGGCAGAAACUGCUCUAACCAUGACUUCACUGAUCACAAUGAGAUUGCCAUGGGAUCCGAAAACCGUUGUCGCGAGGCUCAGGCAUCCUGUGCCUUCUUUUGGUUCCUCUGGGUUUGCUAUGUGGCAAGCAUGAUCGGCUCCAUUGUUGUUGGACGAUCAAGCACCAAUCUCCGAUCUCGUCCAGCUCCCCGCCGACCCAUGUCUCAGGUGUAG